AUGCAAGUUGCAGUACUUUUGUUUCUGAUAGGCAUAGCUACGGCCGUCAUCAGACAGCCAAUGACAUGGCAUACAUCUAAAAGAAUUGAUAUGAUAAGACGUGGAGUUUAUGAAGAGUAUCUGAGGGAGAUGGCAGCUCUACGAGCGGCGAAUCCAGGACGGUAUUCAAACAGGGCAUUAGACUACCAUGACUACGAAUAUGUUUCGAAUAUCACUAUUGGAACACCACGACAACAUUUCGUAGUAAUCCCCGAUACUGGGUCUGCCGACCUAUGGGUACCUGGCCACAGUUGCGAUUAUUCGUGUGAUGGUAAACACAAAUUCUCCAUCGAAGGUUCGAGUACAUUCAUUGGUACCAACUCCAAAUGGUCCAUCCAGUAUGGUUCAGGCGACGCAAAAGGUGUCACAGGCAAAGAUGUAGUCAGGGUAAAGACUUUAACUUCAUCAAUACUCAAGAAAACUGCAUAUUUGCAUGAUUGUCUGAGAUCUGAUUCGUAAGA